AUGUUACAAAAACAGCAAUUUUAUCAGCGUCAAACUGGGUCGUGCGGCUUCCAUACGCAUAGUAAAUAUGCUGAUAGCUUUGGUGAUAAUCAAGAGCGAAGAAUCAUAAUUAUAGGAAAGGUUGGAGCUGGCAAAAGUGCUAUCGGGAACGCUAUACUGGGUCAAAAAGUUUUUAAAAGUAAACAAAGUUUCUGCAGUGUCACACAGGAGUGUUGCGUAGAAGACGUCAUCAGGAAUAAUAGACGAUUUAUUGUUUGUGAUACCCCAGGAGCCAAUGGCUUGCUUGAGGAUCGCGAAAAUUUCAUGAAUCAUUUAAAAAGAUGUUUAUAUGUCACAUCGCCUGGAUUCCACGUCAUUCUCUUCGUAAUUUCUGCAGGACAGAGAAUUGAGCAGUCCGAUGUAAAUAUGUUCAAGGAAUAUGAAAAACUACUAGGAGAUCAAGCGUAUACUUAUUCGAUCAUUGCUUUCACUCGUGUUGAGCCUGAUGAAUGUGAAGGAUUGAUACGUGAUUCGAAAGAAAUUUCAGAGCUACGUAGAAAAUGUGGAGAUCGGGUCCUUAGUUUUGGAAAUCAACAAGAAAUAAGGAAGGAUUUAGUUAAGACGUUCGAAGAAAUGGUAGAAAUCCUUGUUUCCAAGAAUCAAAGUCUUCCUUUUUAUCAACACGAAGCAUAUACAGAGGCGUUCAAAAUAAUCUGUGAGGAUGCCAAAGAGUUAAAGAGGAAAAAUAAAAAUCUUUCUGACGUAGACUCCAUUACUGGAGCCAGAAAAGCAGCUUUUGAAGGCCGAUCUCCUCGUGACAAAUCUCUUAUAAAGCUGAUGAACAUGGAAAAAUGUUGCGUAAUUCUUUAA